AUGGAGGCUGCUUUGCAACAAAAAAUAAUAGAAGCAACACGUUGCGUUGAAGAAAAAUUGGAUGCUGAAAUAGAAAAGUUGGAAAAUUUGGAAGUCAAUGAUUUUGAACAAUUACGUGAACAACGUCUUAAGAAGUUAAAAUUACUUCAACAGCAAAAACAAAUAAUAUUAAUUUAGGGUCAUGGAGAGUAUUCCGAGUUACCUGAGGAAAAAGAAUUGUUUGAAAUAUCAAAAAAGUCUAAAAAUGUUGUGUGUUUAUUUUAUAAAGAUGAUUCCCCAAGAUGCAAAAUAUUAGAUCACCACUUCAAAAUUCUUGCAAAGAAGCAUGUAGAAGCAAAGUUUUGUAAAUUAAAUGUAAUGCAAUGUCCAUUUUUAACUGAACGCUUCAGGAUUAAAAUUAUCCCCACAGUUGUUUUUAUUGUCAAUGGUAAAACUAUUGAUUUUCUUGUGGGAUUUACUGAUCUAGGAAAUUGUGAUGAUUUUUCAACUGAAACAUUAGAAUAUAGAAUUUCACUUUCUGGUGCAAUUACAUGUGACUCUAACUUUUCGCCAGAAGAUAGUAAAAAACCAUGGCUAUCACAUGUCCCAAAAUCUAAAACUAUUAAAGGAUCUAAUAUCUCUAAUUCUGAUGAUUCAGAUGAAGACUAA